ACAUUUGAGGAGUGAAAAUGAAGUUCACCUGGAAACCGUGCAGGAAGAAGAAGCCCGAACCAAAUCCUGGAGCCAUUCUAGAUCAGGUGAUCUCCCAAUCGUCCUCCAGUGCUUGUCUGCUGUACAAAUUGGCCGAUUACAAGAGGGGGGGCGAACUUAUCGAUGCCAUUCAGACGGGCGGUCAGGUGGCAGUGGAGUCCCUGAUCCGGGAGCAAUUUGGUGUGUUCAUGUAUAAUGGCGGCAAAGGACAGAUCAUCAAUCGUGCGGAGUAUCUACGCUGGAAGUAUAUUGACAACUCAGAAGUGAAGAUACCAAUUGAAGCCUCCCUGUCGCCUCACGAUCCUCUGGGCAAGUGGAAGGACCACAAAGCCUGCUGGCAGAUGCAGUAUCGAGGCUCUCUGGGAGAGAGUCUCCUGCAUGUCCUCAUUAUUUGCGACACGAAGGUCCACACGAAGCUGGGCCGGAUACUGCUCAGGGUGUUCCCAAUGCUGGCCGUGGAUGUGAUCGAGGGCGAGGAGUACUUGGGUGCCAGUGCUCUGCACUUGGCCAUUGCAUACAGUAACAAUGAACUCGUGCAGGAUCUCAUUGAUGCUGGGGCGGAUGUGAAUCAGCGAGCCAUAGGGAGUUUCUUCCUGCCGAGAGACCAGCAAGGCUAUCAUCCAGCCAAGAAUACGGAUUACGAGGGUCUGGCCUAUUUGGGGGAAUAUCCGCUCGCAUGGGCGGCUUGUUGUGCUAAUGAGAGCGUCUACAAUCUCCUACUGGAUGUGGGAGCUGAUCCGGAUGCGCAAGACUCCUUCGGAAACAUGAUUCUCCACAUGGUGGUUGUCUGUGACAAACUGGAUAUGUUCGGCUAUGCUCUGCGACAUCCCAAGCUUCCCUGUCGCAAUGGCAUCAUCAAUGACGCCGGAUUGACGCCUCUCACGCUUGCUUGCACUCUGGGCAGGGCAGAAGUGUUCAGGGAGAUGUUAGAACUGUCUGCGAGGGAGUUUUGGCGAUACAGCAAUAUCACGUGUUCAGGAUAUCCUCUGAAUGCGCUGGACACUCUCCUUCCUGACGGGAGGACCAACUGGAACUCUGCCCUCUUCAUCAUUCUCAAUGGAACGAAGGAGGAGCACUUGGAUAUGUUGGAUGGUGGCAUUAUUCAGAGGCUCUUGGAGGAGAAGUGGAAGACCUUCGCGAGAGGACAGUUUCUCAAACGUCUACUCAUUCUCUUCGCCCAUCUGCUCUGCCUCUCCAUCAGCAUCUACUUGCGACCGGAGAGUGAGAAGAGCGACGAGGAGGAAGUCGAGCCCACGAAUGCACCAGACGACGAUGAUGACUUUGACGUGACAACGAUCAUUCGGUACUGCGCAGAAAUUUGCACGAUUCUGGGCGUUCUCAGCUAUGUGGUGUUUCAGCAGGGAGAUGAAGUGAAGAAUCAAGGAUUGGUGGCAUUCCUCAGACAACUGCCCAAUUCUCCGGCAAAAUUCAUCUUCCUGAUCUCCAACUUCUUGAUCCUUGCCUGCAUUCCGUGCAGAAUAGCCGGCGACACGGACACGGAAGAGGCAAUUUUGGUAUUUGCAGUGCCUGGAAGUUGGUUCUUGCUCAUGUUCUUCGCUGGUGCUGUUCGCCUCACUGGACCUUUCGUGACGAUGAUCUAUUCUAUGAUCACGGGUGACAUGUUCACGUUCGGGAUCAUUUACACAAUUGUGAUCGUUGGAUUCUCACAGGCGUUCUUCUUCCUCUACAAAGGCCAUCCACAAGUGGCAUCAACACCCUUCGCCACUUACCCCAGCACCUGGAUGGCUCUGUUCCAGACAACACUCGGCGACUACAACUACGCAGAUCUCAAUAACACAACGUAUCCUAACUUGGCUAAGACCGUCUUCGUCAUCUUCAUGAUCUUUGUGCCCAUUCUUCUGCUCAACAUGCUGAUCGCUAUGAUGGGCAACACGUACGCAUAUGUGAUUGAGCAGUCAGAGAAGGAGUGGAUGAAGCAGUGGGCUAAGAUCGUAGUCACACUGGAGCGUGCCGUGUCCCAGGCGGAUGCCAAAAAGUACUUGGAGGACUACUCAAUCUCUCUGGGGCCCAGCAAUGAUGACUCGGGCUUCGAGCAGCGCGGCGUGAUGGUGAUCAAGAGCAAGAGCAAGACACGAGCAAAGCAAAGAAAGGGCGCCGUGUGCAAUUGGAAGCGAGUGGGAAAAGUGACAUUGAACGCUCUGAAGAAGCGCGGAUUGACUGGCGAGGAGCUGAGGAGGAUUAUGUGGGGCAGAGCGUCAAUAAGCAGUCCGACGAAGGUCACGAAGAAGAAGCGUGAUCCUAAUGAUCCUUUCGCCAUCUCAGCCGCUAUCGAUGUGAUGGCCUUCACCCACGACAUUGUCCUGUGUGGGGACGGAAUGGAGCCUGACGGCACGAUGAUGCCACAGCCCGGAACCCAGGGCAAGAUGAGUGUCAAGGGAAGCCUUCAUCCGAGCCAAUUGAUGCACACCAGUGUGGAUUACAAAGAUCCACUGAGGGAAUUGGUGCUGAUCUCUGAAGCAAUCUGCGUGAAUGACAAGAACUACAUGGCGAACAUUCAGACACUGGCCAAAGAGGCCACAGUGCUAGAGAACAUCCUGGAGGUGCCUCUCAAGUCCAAGGAGCCCAAGCCGGUGCCCGUGAAGGCAGCUCCACUGCCACCAGUGGCAGUGGGACUUCAGAGUGCGGCAAACACACUCUUCCAGAACCCCAAUGAUGUGAUUGAUCCGGAGAAGGAAAAGGCUUUCCUCAAGCAACUGGAAGCGCUCGAGGAUACGGAUUCCGAGGCGUUUGGAGAUCGUCCAGUGCUCGGUAAAAUCUCUCUGAUUCGACGAGCCAAAUCAGCUGUGAGUCGCUCUGCCUCGGCUAAGAGGCGCAAUGAUGAGCAUCCACUCUUUCACAUAGCCUGGGAUGAUUCGCCGGCUAUUCCCAUUGAGUCCACGCCACCAGCAGGCUCUCCUCCACUGGAGGAAGAGGAAGUGGUGAAUGUGGAGGACGUCAAGAGGCAGAUGGAGGCCUUCCACUUGCGUCCGCGGAAGCAAUCUGUGGACUCUCAAUCCACGACCGUUGAGAGAGUUCCCAAGGGAGAAUCAUCGAGAGCUGAGGAGGCAGGAAAUGGCGCUCCUGCGGAACAAUCGUCUUCGACUGGAAAGAAUGGAAAGUACUCGAAAGGGAGAAAGAUUGCCGGGCGGAGUUCCAAGAACAAAGUCUCGCCGUCUGAUGGAGUCUCGGAGAAGGCAUCUGAGGAGGCGAAGAAGAAGCGGGGGAAAUCCGCACCGCAAUCGGGCAAAGGUGAGAAAGCCGACAAGACAGGACCGGAAACACCUCCUGAUCCUCUUGAGCCGUGGAGUACACGCGAAUUGGCAACUAUCAACAAACUCCUGGACACUGAGGAGGAGAAGUAGAGACACUCUCAAACAA